UGUAUCUAGAUUUUAAGUUCAAACCACACCCUCUCUCUCUAUCUCUCUCUCUCUCUCUCUCUCCUCUCUCUCCCCUUCUCUCUCACACACACUCUGAUCCAGGAUUGGAAGACAAUCCUAUAGACGACUAGAUUAGUGCCCCUUCUUCCCCUCCUUGCUCCCUUUAAUCCCCCUCACUAGUAGAUAAUUUGGGAUAUUGUGAUUAGCUUGGAGAUAAGUACACCCAUGGAGCAGCAGCUUCCUCUUCUUGCACCUGACUCUAAGGCUGCCACGUCGUCCCCCUUGUGCCUCACCUUGGACAACCCAACCUCCACAUCCACCUCGCCGGCGGUGCCGUCGUCGGCGCCGCCGCCGGCAGCCGCCUUGGAACCUUCUAGACAAUCUUUCCAUGAGAGGGAAACGGAUGCAAUCAAAGCCAAGAUCAUGUCGCACCCCCUCUACCCGGCUCUCCUCAGAGCCUUCAUAGAUUGCCAGAAGGUCGGAGCUCCGCCGGAGGUCGUCGGCCGGCUUUCCGCCCUCGCCGGCGAGCUCGACUCGCGUGCAGAAGACAGGUACCUUCAAGGGCAGUCGUCAGACCCGGAGCUCGACGAGUUUAUGGAAACCUACAUUGAUAUGCUGGUGAGCUACAGGCAGGAGCUGACAAGACCAAUUCAAGAGGCCGACCAGUUCUUCAGAAACAUGGAGGCACAGAUCGACUCGUUUACACUAGAUGACAACGGCUCAGAAGGUGGCAAUUCCUCCGAAGACGAGCAAGAGGCCGGCGGCGGCGACAUGGCGUCGGCCGGCUUGCCGGAGAUCACCAGCCCCUGCGCGGAGGACAAGGAGCUGAAGAGCCACCUCCUGAACAAGUACAGCGGCUACCUGAGCAGCCUAUGGAGGGAGCUCUCCAAGAAGAAGAAGAAAGGCAAGCUGCCCCGGGACGCUCGCCAGAAGCUCCUCCACUGGUGGCAGCUUCACUACCGAUGGCCCUACCCAUCGGAGCUGGAGAAGGCGGCGCUGGCGGAGUCGACGGGGCUGGACGCGAAGCAGAUCAACAACUGGUUCAUCAACCAGCGGAAGCGCCACUGGAAGCCGACGCCGCCGGCCAUGGAGUACAGGUCGUUGCAGCCCGCAGGCGCCGCCAGCUACGGCGGCGCUAGCGCCGGCGCUUCCACGAGCGGCGGCGGCUCCGCCGUCGUCCGCGGCAUGGAAGGGCAGCACUUCACCGGAGGGGGCGCCUACCCCCGCGGUGACCCGUGAUCGAUCGAUGGCCCGCAUUCAUGUUUCAUUGAUCAGUACAUGGUGUGGGUUUGGUGUGCUCAUAAUGUAGUAUAACGAUUUGGUCACAUACAUAUAUACUCCCUCCGAUCCCGGAAAAAACCAACCUAGAAGAGAGAACAAGACAUUUCCUAAUACAACGAAUACAAAUAGUUGUCCAGAUUUAUUGUAUGCCUCGUCUACUCCUAGGUUGGUUUUUUUUGGAACAAAAAGAGUAUGCUGCAUAUAUAUACACAUAUACAAAUAGAUGCAUCUAGCUAAUGCCAGAGUUUAAUUAGUUAUAAGGGAUGGUGUAACAAUCAAAAUGUUUCACUUGCUAACGCACAUAUAUAUGAUUCAGUCAUAUAUAUAUUAUCCACUAUGCAUGGUAAUGGUAUACGCAUCUAUAAAUUAUAUACA